CUGGGCUUCUCCUUGCUAGAAGCGGGCACGGUGCGGUUCAAGAACACGCGCAACAUCAUGAUCAAGAACGUGCUGGACACGUGUGUCAGCGCCAUUGCCUUCUGGCUGCUGGGCUACGGCAUCGGCUUCGGCGAGGGCUCCAAAGUGUUCGGGUGGAAGUAUGACGAUGGCUCGAUUGCAUAUGCGAGUGGGCAGAAUGGAGUUGAUUGGUUCUUCCAGUUCACCUUCUGUGCCACAUCAGCAACAAUCAUUGCAGGGGCUGUGGCGGAGAGAACGCACCUAUGGGCCUACCUCACAUUCAACUUCUUCCUGUCUGCGCUCAUCUACCCGGUGAUAGCGCACAUGAUCUGGUCGCAAGGGGGGCUGCUGGCGGCCAGUCAGACCAACACAGUGCUCAACACCAUAGGCGUGCUGGACAAUGCGGGGUCCAUGGUGGUGCAUGUCACUGGUGGCGUCACGUCAUUGGUGGGGGCGAUUCUAGUGGGCCCUCGCAUUGGUCGGUUUGACAUUGACGGCAAAGUGGUGCCCUUCAAGUGCCACUCCGUGGUGUUCAUAGCAGCGGGCACCAUCAUCCUGUGGGUGGGCUUCUACGGCUUCAACGGGGGCUCGGUGUCGCUGGUGGGGCAGCCGCCGCUGCAGUGGGUGCAGGAGGUGGCGCGCGUGUGCGUCAACACCACCAUCAGCGCCUCCUUCAGCGGCGUCACCGUGUGGACGCUCACGUACCGGCGCAGGGAGCCGGUGCCAGAGGACACGUUCAAUGGGGUGAUCGGCGGGCUGGUGGCAGCGUGUGCCACCAGCAGUGUGGUGGAGCCGUAUGCUGCUGCCAUCAUUGGGCAGUGUGCCACGAGCAGCGAGGUGGAGCCGUAUGCCGCUGCCAGCAUUGGGGUGGUGGCGGGGCUCAUGUGUCUUCUCGGCUGCUGGCUCAUGUUCCGGUACCAAAUAGACGACCCAGUACAAGCAGCGCCAACGCAUCUGUUCUGUGGAUCGUGGGGCGGCGUGGCAGCAGGCCUCUUCGCCACCAAGGAUGGCAUCACCGCCACCUACGGCGUUGUCCCGCCCUCUUGGGGGCUGUUUUACGGGGGAGGAGGCUGGCAGCUGCUGGUGCAGGAUGGCAUCACCGCCACCAAGGAUGGCAUCACCGCCACCAAGGAUGGCAUCACCGCCACCAAGGAUGGCAUCACCGCCACCUACGGCAUCGUGCCACCCUCCUGGGGGCUUUUCUAUGGGCGACUUUUGAGACGUCUCAAAAGCUCUUCUAUGGGGGAUGAGGCUGGCGGUUGUUUAUGCGGGACCGUCUUCUUUCUGCUCUUUGUGUUCCUUCUUCCCCAUCUUCUCUGCUCCUCCGCUCCACAUUCCAUUUUCAACCACUCCCCCCUCCUCUUCUAG